CCAGAACUCGCAUAUUCGACUCGCAUAAGUCGCUGCAAUUUAUGUUCCGCAUUCACUAUGUGCUUGACUGUGCAGCUGAAAUAAGAAAUAUGAAGAAGUUAAAUAUUUUUGGAGACAUAUACGUAAAAGGAAUGGCGUAUACGUCGUUAAAGCACACAAUUUAUAUAAGGCGCCAGUUUUCAAAAGCGAUGUCCGAAACGUGGAAUUUGUUGCUGGUUAAAACACCUCAAUUCAAAUUUAACCAGAAUUAUCUGAAACAGUUUAAAUAUCAUACUUUUUUUAUGAGGACUAUAAUUUGUAGUUCUCGUUUAAGUAAUGAAAAAAAUAAUUUAGAAAAAAUCGAACGUGAAUCACUCUUAGAACAUUCAGAGUUUGCCGACAUUACAAAACAUUUAUAUAAACAUCCUGGAGUAGGUCAUAAUAUUCUUUUAAUUCAGCCUAGAGGUAGAGGUCCGCAGAGAGAAAGCAUAUCUGCAUGUGAACGAAAAUUAGAUGAAGCUGUAGCUCUUGUCAAAACCUUGCCUGAUUGGAAUGUUGUAGAAAAAUAUGUUAUCCGAGCUACAAAUUUGAAGUCAAAGUUGAUUUUUGGUAAAGGAAAUCUAGAAAACCUAAAAAAUAUUACUCGAUCAAAUCCUUCCAUAAGUGCUGUUUUCAUUGGUAUUGAUAUAAUGACUGCCCUUCAGAAUUCAGAAUUAGAGAAAUAUUUUCAAAUGCAAGUCUUUGACAGGUAUCAGAUCAUUCUUCAAAUAUUCCAUGAUCAUGCCCAUACAAAGGAAGCUAAACUACAGCUUGCUUUAGCUGAAAUUCCUUAUCUACGAGUGAAGCUUUCUGGUUACUCUUAUACUAGAAAUACUAGUUAUUUUAGUGGCAUUGAACACGUGGGUGGUGAUGGAGAAACAUACAUGGAGAUGCGUAGACGACUAUUAAAUGAAAGGGAAAUAAAAUUGAAGAAAGCACUUGAAAAAGUGAAAAAUCAACGUGAGCUUUUGCGGAGGAGUGAUAGAAGAAAUUCUUUACCUGUUGUUGCUAUUGUUGGUUAUACAAAUUGUGGUAAAACUACUUUAAUCAAAUCAUUAACUGAUGAUGAACGCUUGUUACCAGAAGAUAAAUUGUUUGCUACAUUAGAUGUUACAUUCCAUGCUGGGAUGCUUCCUUCAAAUCAAAAAGUCCUUUACAUUGAUACUGUAGGUUUCAUUUCUGAUGUUCCAACUGCCCUAAUUCAAUCAUUUAGAUCAACGUUAGAAGAGAUAACUUUAGCAGAUGUUGUAGUUCAUGUUCGAGACAUAAGCCAUCCUGACACAGAAGCUCAAAAGGAAACUGUCUUGAAAACAUUAGCAGAAUUAGAUUUGCCAUCUAAAUUACUGGACUCUGUAAUAGAAGUUCAAAAUAAAGUGGAUUUAAUUGAAAGGUUUGAUACAAUGGAUUCAAAUGCACUUCUUGUGUCUGCUGUACAUGGUACAGGUUUACCAGAUCUCUUAGAAGUAUUAGAACAAAAACUUUUUGAAAACACUGGUCACAGUGUAGUUUUAGUAAGAGUGCCUAAUGGUGGAGAUGCGUACAGAAAUGUCUAAUAACUGUCUCUACCACAAUAGAGAGUGGUGCCUGAAAUUCAUGUCUGAUGUGGAGAAGUAAACAAUGAUGCCAAACAAGCAUCUGAUGACAUUAAUGUUCAGAAAAGUGAAUUCAAACAAUAUUAAUAAAAAUUAUAAGGGAAAAAAAGAAAUCCAAAUCUUCUAGCUGUGAUUAAGGCGUCCCCUUUCUUUGUUUCAGAAAGCCAUAAACUGCCCAGUCAUUUAAGUUACUCGUAUUUGGCAGGCAACUCUUAUUCUUUUGUUAUUUCAAUAUACUUGAAGCAGUAAAUUAAACAUAUGCUCAUUAUUAAUUAAUUAAUUUCUAACUUUCCAUACUAAAAUCUCACAAUUUUUGCAGAUUGUCAGGUUUAUUUUAUACAAUGAUACAUACUGAAAUUGCAUGGUUUGUAUAACAUUUGAAUUAAAAAUGCUAGUGAUAAAUGCAUUAUUAAUCAGAAUUAAAAACAAUUAUAUUCUAAGACUGAAUACGUGGCAAGUUACUAUACUGGCAGGAAAAAUUAAAGGAACAAUUAUAAAAAGGUGCUCUAUGUUAAUUCUACUAUGUGAAGUCUACAGAAAGGAAGGUGUACAUAGGUUGUUUGUUUUUUCAACCUCCGAUCACAUAGUAUGAUGGCCAAGUAUGCGGCAGGUGGUUGGUGUGCGUAGUAGGCAACUGCGCAUCUCCUCCUCCACAGAUCACUAUUGAUAAUGUCGAUAUUGAUUCUCUCAGCAAGUGUGAAUUGCGAGCUGUUAUUCAUUUCUUGCAGGCAGAAGGGAACAGUGCAGCGGAAAUUCAUCGAAGAAUGAGUCGAGUGUAUGAAAACAGCUUUAUGAGUGAUGGCGUUGUUCGUGAAUGGUGUCGAAAGUUUAAAGAUGGCUGAACUGAUGUGCAUGAUAAAGGGCGUCAAGGACGCAAGUCUGUCGCUACGAGACGACAUUGCUCAACGAGUUGACCAAGCGGUUAAGCAAAAUCGAAGGUUUACCAUAAGUGAAUUAUCGAUGAAAUUU